CCAAGCAGUUCUAGCCAUUCAUUACUUGUGAACAGACCCUUGACUUUUGUGCUCAAGUUAUGGGACGGGGGACUUUAAUUUGGAGCUGUUCAUAGAGGUGAUGACACUGCUAGAAUCCAAUCACUGCUGGUCCAGGCACACUUGGAAAACUCUACAAGGCCUCAGCUGCAGAAGGUCCAGAGACAGCAAGUAACACCUUUUAUGACCCUUGACCAUCAGGUAUUCAGUCAGACUCUCAAGAGGACACCACCUCCAGCACCAAGCUGUAUGCCUUUGGUGGAGCAUGGACCCAAGAGCCCGGACAGUGAUGCUGGCUGUGCAGGAAACCUAUUUUCAAAACUGCUGGCUCAUGGGAGAGAAGAUGGUGGUGCAGAAUGGCACGUAUGUUCAAUGUUAUCUAGUAGUAUUUUGGAUGUAUACAGUGGUGAGCAAGAGAUUUCUCCAGUUAAUGCAAAUCUGAUGACUACUUCCUGUCCAAGCAUUCUGCCCAUGAAAAAGGAAGUUGCAGAAACUGACACAAGAGCUUUGGCGAAAGAGAGACAGAAAAAGGACAACCACAACCUCAUUGAAAGAAGAAGAAGGUAUAAUAUUAAUUACCGAAUCAAGGAGCUUGGCACUCUUAUUCCAAAGUCUAAUGAUCCUGAUAUGCGCUGGAACAAAGGAACCAUUCUGAAGGCAUCAGUAGAGUACAUCAAGUGGCUACAAAAAGAACAACAGAGAGCCCGGGAGUUAGAACACAGACAGAAGAAAUUGGAACAGGCUAACCGGCAGCUUGUGCUCCGGAUUCAGGAACUGGAAAUACAAGCACGUGCUCAUGGUCUGCCAAUGCUGGCUUCACUUGGCAUAGCUGAUUUCAGUCCCCACAUCACCAAACAGCAGGCCCAUCCUGAGAAGAACUCAAUAGGCUGCUACCAACAACUGACUCCAUCUCAGGGGACAAGCCCGGAGUUCUGUGAGCAAGCUGUGGCCUUCUCUGAUCCUUUGUCUCACUUCACAGAUUUAUCAUUUAGUGCUGCCUUGAAAGAGGAACAAAGAUUGGACGGCAUGCUACUAAGUGAUACAAUCUGCCCCUUUGGGACAGACCCACUCCUCUCUGCCACUUCCCCUGCAGUUUCUAAAGCGAGCAGUAGAAGCAGCUUUAGCUCGGAGGAUGGUGAUGAAUUAUAAGCCACAAACAUGAUCAAGUCAUCAA